UAUUACUUUUUGUGUUGUAGUCCCAUAGAUGUGACUGGUGCACUGCAAAAGAGAUGAGUCCCUGUCUCAAACGGGGAUGGUUCUUGACAGGUAACCUUGAAACAUAAGGGCAUGCAGUGAUGUCAUGAAAGAAAAGUGACCUGUGGAAGGGUAAGGAAGAAGACCUCGUCCCUCCCAAGUCCUUGAUCCCUCAUAGUCACAGAACAAGUGAAACACCAUUUGUAAAAGUCACCCAGGUGUUAAGCAGACCCCGUGUGUGUGUGUGUGUGUGUGUGUGUGUGUGUGUGUGUGUGUACCUUGUGACUUGUGUGUGGGAUUUUCUGUGGCACUGGGCAUCCAUGUUCUAAGCUCUUAGGGAAACAAACAUUCACAUAUAUUCAGCAUCUCCCUAGCAUCUUGGCCUGUGAUACAGAAUUAGUUCAAAGCUCAACCCACUGGAAGAAGAGUUUGCUAUCCAAGUGGUCUAUAUGCUGGUAGAGCCCUUAGGCCUCAGUUAGGGCCGCAUUGCAGGGCGCUGUACAAACAGCCAGCCAGCCAACAGCCACAGAUACACUGAGGGAAUAUGGAUACAACAAACAAUCCAACGACCCUGGGGAGGAAUUGGCCCUCCUGGGUUAGUUUCAUGGAUGGUGGAUGGCUGGUUUCAGUUGAGGCAAAGGAAAGAAGGGGAAGAACAACAGGCCCCACUUGUCACCUGCCCAGCAAUGCCCUCUGCUAUGGUGCCUGGAAAACCAUCCAGAGGGGCAUCCUGAGAUGGACAAGGCAAUGGCAGUGGGGAUUUUAUCAGGGGUUUUCCUCAGGCGUGAAGGCAGCACGGAGGUGUCAGAGAAACUGCCUUGUGGGCAGUGAAGACUGGGAACACUGGCAGAGCGAACACAGGUUGACAUCACCAUAGGUAAGUAGGUCACCAAGUGGAGUGGGGCAACAUUAUGAACUGCCUUGAAGGUAAAGACAAGUAUCUUUUAUUUGAUACACAGGUGAAGGAGAAGCUGGCGGAGGGACUCAGGGCCUGACGUCAGAACUCCGAGAAUAAGAUCUUGGCAGAAGCAUGGUGAAGACACAAGGGGAGAAAGGGUGCAGGAGUCCAGGCCAGACAAGGAGAGGAUUCUGUAGCCAAGACAUUCAGGGAUCCGGGCUUGGACAACAAUUCUGGCUGUGUAUGCAGGGGGGAAAGGCUGAUGCCAGAGGAGACGUAUGGAGCUUUCACCUCAGAGCUGCUGGAGCAAGUCAAAGAGCUGGAGCUUCAGGGAGUUUUGGCAGCUGAAUCAGGAAAUGUGAACAUGGCCCUUGAGAGAUUCAGCCAGGCCAUUUGGCUCCUUCCGGAGCGAGCCUCGUGCUACAACAACCGUGCCCAGGCCCUUCGUCUCAAAGGGGAUGUGGCAGGUGCCCUGCAGGACCUGGACACAGCCCUGCGCCUCAGCAGGGGCACAGGCCGUGUGGCAUGCCAGUGCUUCGUGCAGCGAGGUCUCAUCAAUGUGCUGCAGGGCCAUGAGGAUAAUGCCAGGCAGGAUUUUGAGCAGGGAGCCAGACUGGGUAGCGCCUUCGCUCGGCACCAGCUGGUCCUGAUGAACCCCUAUUCAGCGCUCUGCAACCAGAUGCUGUUGGAGAUGAUGAGGAAGCUGCAGAACCCAGACAUCCAGGGAAGCAACUAGAGCCCAUCUGUCCAGGCAAGGGGUCAGCUGAGAUUGUUCCAGGGGAGAGGGUUGCCACUGAAUCAUUCUGCUGGGCCAGGCAGACAGGAUGCCUUCCACCUGCCCCACAUAGAAUCCUGAACUCUCCACUGGGUCAAGGGCAGCCGAGAUCAGGGGUCUCAACCAUUUUCUUUCUGAGCCUCCCCCCCCCCCGCCCCCAACAUGCUAUAAAAACUCCAUGGUCCAGCUGUGCCUCAACAACUUUUUCUGCAUAUAAAAGCCAGGGCCGGUGUUUGCAGGUAGCAAACAGGGCAAUUGCCCGGGGCUCUGUGCCACAGGGGGCCCUGCAAAGCUAAGUUGCUCAGGCUUCGGCUUCAGCCCCAGGUGGUGGGGCUCGGGACCCUGGGCUGCAGUCCUGUGUGGCAGGGCUUUGGUUUUCUGCCCUGGGUCCUAGAAAUUCUAAUGCCAGCCAUGCUUGGUCGACCCCCUAAAACCUGCUUGCAGCCCCCUGGUUAAGAACCCCUGGCUUAGAUUGGUGCAUCCUGAGCAACGGCCGGAUGUUUGUAGGGAAGUUUGUCUUUUGCAGAGCCUGAGGCAUCUCAAUCCUGGCCACCUCCGCUGGCCUGGCACAAGGCAUGAUCUGCAGUGUCUUUGUCAUAGGCAGGUUCCCAGCUGAGGCCCCCAGGCAGGUGAGCCACUUGGCAGGAACUCGCCAGGAAUGGGCCACAGUGUACAAACCAGCACAAGCCACUUCCUCCCCAGAAGCAUUUGUCGUUUCUCGUAAAGCUUUCGAACCUCAUGAGUGGAUCGGCUGGAUUGGAAUCGCACCAUGUUCUGGACAGGCCUCCCCUGCGGCCGUUUCUCUCACUUGCCUGCUCCAGAGAAGAGCUGACCCUGCUUCAGCUUGGGCUUUGGUCUUCCCUAUCACAAAUAAACUCUCUAGUUUGACUGGC